AGUUCUUUCCCAGCAAUGCGUGACUUUGUACAAAGAGUAGUGGAGAAAUUAAGCAUAGCGGAAAACAGAGACCGAGUUUCUGUGGUGCAGUUCAGUCGAGACCCAGAGGUCCAUUUCCAUUUAAAUGCCUACACAACGAAGGAAGACGUUUUAGACAGUGUGAGAGGUCUGAGACACAAAGGGGGCAGGCCCCUCAACACAGGGGCAGCUCUCCAACACGUCAAAGACAAUGUCUUUACUGCCUCUUCUGGCAGCAGACGACUGGAGGGUGUGCCGCAAGUGCUGAUUUUGCUUAGCGGGGGAAGGUCAUAUGACAAUGUUGACGCAGCAGCAUCCUCUCUGAAGGAAAUUGGAGUCUUGACCUUCGGAAUAGGAUCGAGGGGGUCUGAUAGCGGGGAAUUGCAGAGAAUUUCAAAUGACCCCAAGUAUGCUAUAUCUGUGUCUGACUUUAGUGAGCUUCCAAAUGUCCAAGAGCAGUUGCUGGCCUCCGUACACACGUUUGCAGUACCCAUUGCUACAACGUCACCAACUGCUGAUUACACCGUGCCCAGAAAGGACGUAGUUUUUCUGCUUGACGGUUCAGAUGGCACGAGGAGUUCUUUUCCAGCAAUGCGUGACUUUGUGCAAAGAGUAGUGGAGAAAUUAAACAUAGAGGAAAACAGAGACAGAGUUUCUGUGGUGCAGUUCAGUCGAAACCCAGAGGUCCAUUUUCAUUUAAAUGCCUACACAACGAAGGAAGACGUUUUAGACAGUGUGAGAGGUCUGAGACACAAAGGGGGGAGACCCCUCAACACAGGGGCAGCUCUCCAGUACGUCAAAGACAAUGUCUUUACUGCCUCCUCUGGCAGCAGACGACUGGAGGGUGUGCCGCAAAUAUUGAUUCUCCUAAGUGGGGGAAGGUCAUAUGACAAUGUUGACGCAGCAGCAUCCUCUCUGAAGGAAAUUGGAGUCUUGACCUUCGGAAUAGGAUCGAGGGGGUCUGAUAGCGGGGAAUUGCAGAGAAUUUCAAAUGACCCCAAGUAUGCUAUAUCUGUGUCUGACUUUAGUGAGCUUCCAAAUGUCAGAGAGCAGUUGCUGGACUCCGUAGAGACGGUUGCAAUACUCAUUGCUACAACGUCACCAACUGUUACCGCUGACUACACAUCACCCAAAAAGGACGUAGUUUUUCUGUUGGACGGUUCCGAUGGCACUAGGAAUUCUUUCCCAGCAAUGCGUGACUUUGUACAAAGAGUAGUGGAGAAAUUAAACAUAGCGGAAAACAGAGACCGAGUUUCUGUGGUGCAGUACAGUCGAGAACCAGAGGUCAAUUUCUAUUUGAAUGCAUACACAACGAAGGAAGACGUUUUAGACAGUGUGAGAAGUCUGAGACACAAAGGGGGGAGACCCCUCAACACAGGGGCAGCUCUCCAGUACGUCAAAGACAAUGUCUUUACUGCCUCCUCUGGCAGCAGACGACUGGAGGGUGUGCCGCAAAUAUUGAUUCUCCUAAGUGGGGGAAGGUCAUAUGACAAUUUUGACGCAGCAGCAUCCUCUCUGAAGGAAAUUGGAGUCUUGACCUUCGGAAUAGGAUCGAGGGGCUCUGAUAGCAGGGAAUUGCAGAGAAUUUCAAAUGACCCCAAGUAUGCUAUAUCUGUGUCUGACUUUAGUGAGCUUCCAAAUGUCCAAGAGCAGUUGCUGGCCUCCGUACACACGGUUGCAGUACCCAUUGCUACAACGUCACCAACUGCUGAUUACACCGUGCCCAGAAAGGACGUCGUUUUUCUGCUUGACGGUUCAGAUGGCACGAGGAGUUCUUUUCCAGCAAUGCGUGACUUUGUGCAAAGAGUAGUGGAGAAAUUAAACAUAGAGGAAAACAGAGACAGAGUUUCUGUGGUGCAGUUCAGUCGAAACCCAGAGGUCCAUUUCCAUUUAAAUGCCUACACAACGAAGGAAGAUGUUUUAGACAGUGUGAGAGGUCUGAGACACAAAGGAGGGAGGCCCCUCAACACAGGAGCAGCUCUUCAGCACGUCAAAGACAAUGUCUUUACUGCCUCUUCUGGCAGCCGACGACUGGAGGGUGUGCCGCAAGUGCUGAUUUUGGUUAGUGGGGGAAGGUCAUAUGACAAUGUCGAUGCAGCAGCAUCCUCUCUAAAAGAAAUUGGAGUCUUGACCUUCGGGAUAGGAUCGAGGGGCUCUGAUCGCAGAGAAUUGCAGAGAAUUUCAAAUGACCCCAAUUAUGUUAUAUCCAUAUCCGACUUCAAUGAGCUUCCAAAUGUCCAAGAGCAGCUGCUGGUCUCUUUACAGACAGUUGCAGUACCCAUCACUCCAAAGUCACCAACAGUUACCGCUGAGAGUCGUAGACUAAGGAGAGAUGUUGUCUUCCUGCUGGAUGGAUCAGAUGGAACUAGGAAUGGGUUCCCAGCAAUGAAAGAGUUUGUUCAAAGGAUCGUUGAAAGAUUGGAGGUGUCUGAGAAUAGAGACCGCGUUUCUGUGAUCCAGUACAGCAGAGACGCAGAGGUCAAUUUCUAUCUUAACACGUACACAUCAAAGGAAGACAUUUUUGACGGAGUCAGAGGUCUGAGACACAAAGGGGGGAGGUCCCUCAACACGGGGGCAGCUCUAGAGUAUGUCAGAGACAAUGUCUUUACUGCUUCCUCUGGCAGCAGACGUCUGGAGGGUGUUCCGCAGAUUUUGAUUUUGCUUAGUGGGGGUAGGUCAUUUGACAGUGUUGACACAGCAGCAUCUUCUUUGAAAGAAAUUGGAGUCUUGACGUUCGGAGUAGGAUCAAGGGGCUCUGACAGCAGAGAAAUGCAGAGAAUUUCGUUUGACCCCAAUUAUGCCAUAUCCGUGUCCGACUUCAGUGAGCUUCCAAAUGUCCAAGAGCAGCUGCUGGCCUCUGUACAGACGGUUGGAGUACCCAUCACUCCAACGCCACUGUUGUUUACCGCUGAUUACACCGUGCCCAGAAAGGACAUUGUUUUUCUGGUUGACGGUUCAGAUGGCACUAGGAGUUCUUUCCCAGCAAUGCGUGACUUUGUACAAAGAGUAGUGGAGAAAUUAAACGUAGAGGAAAACAGAGACAGAGUUUCUGUGGUGCAGUACAGUCAAGACCCAGAGGUCCAUUUCCAUUUAAAUGCCUACACAACGAAGGAAAACAUUUUAGAAAGUGUGAGAGGUCUGAGACACAAAGGGGGGAGGCCCCUCAACACAGGGGCAGCUCUUCAACACGUCAAAGACAAUGUCUUUACCGCCUUUUCUGGCAGCAGACGACUGGAGGGUGUGCCGCAAGUGCUGAUUUUGCUUAGCGGGGGAAGGUCAUAUGACAAUGUUGAUGCAGCAGCAUCUUCUCUGAAAGAAAUUGGAGUCUUGACCUUUGGGAUAGGAUCAAGGGGCUCUGAUAGCAGAGAAUUGCAGAGAAUUUCAAAUGACCCAAAUUAUGUUAUAUCCAUAUCUGACUUCAGUGAGCUUCCAAAUGUCCAAGAGCAGCUGCUGGCCUCUAUACAGACAAUUGGAGUACCCAUCACUCCAACGCCACUGACGUUUACCGCUGAUUACACCGUGCCCAGAAAGGAUGUCGUUUUUCUGCUUGACGGUUCAGAUGGCACUAGGAAUUCUUUCCCAGCAAUGCGUGACUUUGUGCAAAGAGCAGUGGAUAAAUUAAACGUAGAGGAAAACAGAGACAGAGUUUCUGUGGUGCAGUACAGUCGAGACCCAGAGGUCCAUUUCCAUUUAAAUACCUACACAACGAAGCAAGACAUUUUAGACAGUGUAGGAGGUCUGAGACACAAAGGGGGGAGGCCCCUCAACACAGGGGCAGCUCUUCAGCAUGUCAAAGACAAUGUCUUUAUCGCCUCUUCUGGCAGCAGACGACUGGAGGGUGUGCCGCAAGUGUUGAUUUUGCUUACCGCGGGAAGGUCAAAUGACAAUGUUGAUGCAGCAGCAUCCUCUCUGAAAGAAAUUGGAGUCUUAGCCUUCUUUAUUGGAUCAAGAGGGUCUGAUAACAGAGAACUGCAGCAAAUUUCCCGCGAUCCUCUUUUCAUACUCUCACCGAGAGAUUUCUCUUUGCUUCCAAGUUUUCUGGAGCCACUUUUCACAAACAUUAAUCUGGCAAUGGUAAAAUCUACACCUACUUCUCCCACAAUCAAAUCUGACUCUCAAGGACCCAAGAAGGACCUUGUCUUUGUGGUCGAUGGCUCUGAUGAUGUUGGCAAAGAGUUCCCAAUUAUCCAAGAGUUUAUGCGCAAAGUCGUAGAGAAUCUAAAUGUUGGUGAGAACAAGAUCAGAGUCGGUGUGGUGCAGUAUGGCGAUAAUCCCUACGCAGACAUAUAUCUUAACUCCCAUAAGACCAAAGAAGGUGUUCUAAAUGGCAUCAAGGGACUAAUAAAAAGAGGGGGGAGACAGCGCAACCUUGGUCGAGCCAUAGAUUUUGUUAGUCGAGAAGUUCUGACCUCUGGACGUGGUGGAAGAAAACAGGAGGGAGUUCCACAAUUCGUUGUAGUGAUUUCAGGUGGAAAAGCAACAGACAAUAUAAGACAAUCUGCAACAACUCUGAAACAGUCAGGAAUUGUCCCAUUUGGAAUAGGGACAAGGGAAGUUGGCACUCAGGAAUUGCAGGUUAUCUCUUAUAAUCCCAGAUUUGCCUUUUCAGUUGAUGACUUGCCUGGUCUUUAUACCGUUCAGGACACACUUGUCACUACUCUGACUGAACUAUCUAGUGACGAGUUAGCCAGGUUACGCCCUGUUUACCCUACAGAACCAGAAGUUGUAAUUCCAGCACUGCGUCCUGGAGAUAAGAGGGAUGUUGUGUUCCUGAUUGAUGGCACAUCAAAGAUGCGCAGUGAAUUCCCUGCAAUAAGAGACAUGGUUCAGCGAGUGGUGGAAAAAUUAGAUGUGGGUCUGAACAAUGUGAGGGUCUCAGUUGUGCAGUAUAGUGAUGAUCCAAAGCUAGAGUUUCUCUUAAAUCAGCACUCCUCCAAGGAAGAAGUUCGCCAGGCAUUACGAACAAUGAGACACAAAGGUGGAAAUCAGCUUAAUACUGGGCAAGCUCUGGAAUUUGUCUCGAGGAACAUCUUUCAAAGAUCUGCUGGUAGUCGUUUAGAGGAGGGUGUUCCUCAGUUUCUCAUCCUGGUGACCGGAGGAAAGUCAAGUGAUGAUGUAUCUAGUCCUGCCAGACAGCUGAAGUUAGGUCGUGUUGCCCCCUUGGCAAUUGGAGCACAUACUGCAGAUGCAGAGGAACUAAAACAAAUUUCAUUCCAUCCAGAUCUAGCUUUCACAAUCAGAAACUUCAAUGAGAUUUCUAGAGUAGAGCAACAGCUUUUGAACAAAGUCAGUACCAUGACAAGUAGAGAAAUUUCUGAACCCCCUCUACCUGCAGUUCCAGACCUCAGUCUUGGUAAAAAGGACAUAAUAUUCCUCAUUGAUGGCAGUGACAGUGUUGGACAAGAUGGUGUUGCUCACAUUCGUGACUUUAUCAUCAAAGUGGUGGAAAAGCUUAAUGUGCAACCUGACCAAGUUCGUGUGGCUUUGGUACAAUAUGCACAAAGACAUAAAACUGAAUUCUCUUUGAACUCUCACAACAACAAGCAGUCCGUUCUUUCUGCAGUCAAGAGAUUACGUCAAAUGGGUGGACGUGGCACCGACCUGGCUGAGGCUAUAAAUUAUGUGAUUGACAAUGAGCUCAAACCUUCUGCUGGGGUACGCCUAGCAGAGGCUUCCCAGCAUUUAGUGGUGCUCACUGGUGGAAGGUCUACCUCUGAUGUAUCUACAUAUGGUGAUCUUCUCAAAAACCAAGGGGUCAGCUGUAUAGGUAUUGGAGCUCAGGCUGCAGAUCCAACACAGUUGAGACAGAUUGCAAAAACCACUGAUGACGUCCUGCAGGUGCCUACUUUCUCAGGUCUUUCAAACCUACAGAGCCAGGUUAUAGCCAGACUUAAUGGUUCGACUGCAGCGGUGCCUACCAGUGGUCCGGAGGUGUCAGACCCGAUAAAGCCUAAGGUUGCUGACAUUGUCUUUUUGAUUGAUGGUUCAAUUAAUCUUGGCAAGGCCAAUUUCAAAGAGGUCAUGGAAUUUGUUAGCAGUUUAGUUGAUACCUUUUGGAUGGAACGAGACAACAUUCGAAUUGGUCUUGCACAUUAUGCUGCAGAUGUGACAGAUGUUUUCUACCUAAAUACCUACAAAAAUAAGGAUGAUAUCACAAGCGCCAUAACCCAAACAGAGUACAAGGGAGGUCGAGAAAUUAGAACAGGCAAUGCCAUCCGGCACGUUCAGCGAGAACACUUUGUCAAAGAGAAAGGCAGCCGGAAAGAUGAGGGCGUUCAACAGAUUCUGCUGGUGAUCAAUGGUGGACGGUCAAGGGAUGAUGGUCAGUCAGCAGCACUAGCUCUUAAAGGCACUGGUGUGCGCAUCUAUGCUGUUGGUAUAGGUGACAUUGAAGACGAGCUCAAUAAGCUGGGCAGUGAGGCAACUACAGUUGCCCGAGCCAGCACUUACCAAGAACUAUCUGAGCUGACUGAGCAGAUUUUGCAAGCAUUUGAGGAUGAUUUGAAAGGAAGGAAACUCUGUGUUACAGGACCGGACGUUGAUAGAGAAUGCAAGUUGGAUGUUCUUGUGGGAUUUGAUGUGGCUUCACAGAAUAUCUUUGCUGCUCAAAGAUCAUUAGAGUCUAAGAUGACUGCAAUUCUCCAGCGCAUUGGUCAGAUGCAAUCUAUAAGCUGCAGUUCUGGCCAGGUACCCACAGUACAAUUGGGCUUACUUGCAAUGGACUCCGCCUCAGAACCGGUUCAUAUGGACUUUACUGAAAAAUUCACAGAGCUUAUUGAGGCCUUUAAGGCCCUCCGCAACCGUGGACCUUUUCUUUUGAAUGCAGCCACAAUCAAAGCUUAUACUGACAGAUUUAAGGGACGGCCUGCAGACAGUGUCAGGGUUGUAAUCCAUUUGACUGAUGGAUUAGAUACCCAGUAUGGCAUUCUGAAACAGCGAGUUGAACAGAUGCGUGUAGCUGGUAUUAAGGGUUUCAUCCUUGUUGGUCUGGAGAGAGUUCAACGCUUUGAAGAUGCAACUCUUUUGGAAUUUGGCCGUGGCUUCAGGUACACACGACCUCUGCGUGUCAACCUCAUGGACCUGGAUUAUGAGCUACUGGAAGAACUGGACAACAUUGCUGAGAGGGAAUGCUGUUCUGUUCCAUGCAAGUGUACUGGUCAAAGAGGAGACAGAGGAGCUGUUGGACCUGCUGGACCAAAGGGUCAGCCUGGUGGUCAGGGCUUCAGUGGACAUCCUGGUGAUGAAGGUGGACCAGGAGAGAGAGGUCCACCUGGUGUAAAUGGAACUCAAGGCUUCCAAGGAUGUCCAGGCCAAAGAGGCGUUAAGGGAUCUAGGGGAUACAAUGGUGAAAAGGGUGAAAUUGGAGACAUUGGUUUAGAUGGAAUCAAUGGAGAGGAGGGAACAAAUGGAGUUGCUGGACCUCCAGGAGACAGAGGAAACCCUGGACAAAGGGGACCUAAAGGAGCCAAAGGCCAGGCAGGAGAUAUUGGUCAGACUGGGAUCCAUGGUGAUCCAGGAACACCAGGAAGAGAUAACACCCAGAGGGGACCAAAAGGGGAUCCAGGCGAUGCUGGCCCAGCGGGAGAAGCAGGGGUGGAUGGAAAUAAAGGAGAUCCCGGUGAACCAGGCAGGCGGGGCUCUGAUGGUAGAAGGGGGUCUCCUGGGCAACCUGGUCCUGCUGGAAAACCUGGUGCUGAUGGUUUAGCAGGAGAACCAGGAAUUGGAGGAUCCCGGGGUCCUGCUGGACCAAAUGGAGCACCUGGUGCUAGGGGAGAGGAUGGAAACCCCGGUCCAAGGGGCCCAGGGGGACUGCCAGGAUCUGCUGGAGAAAAGGGCAGAAGAGGUUCUCUCGGCCGUAAGGGUGAACCAGGGGAGCCAGGAACUAAAGGUGUCAUGGGACCCCUAGGACCCCGUGGAGAGCCUGGUGAUGAUGGACGUGAUGGGUUUGGUGUACCUGGUCCAAAAGGAAGAAAGGGUGAUGAAGGUUUCCCUGGUUUCCCUGGUCCAAAGGGUGCAGCAGGUGACUCUGGCUCAAAGGGAGGACCUGGACGUAGAGGAAACAAUGGCCAACGGGGUACCUCAGGAGGGGCUGGUGAGCCUGGACAGGAGGGAGAAAUUGGAUACCCAGGACCCUAUGGCCUGAAAGGACCCAGAGGACCUGGUGUAGUGCAAUGUGAACUGGUCAAGAAAAUAAGGGAUAACUGUCCCUGCUGCUAUGGGGCACAGGAAUGUCCCCUCUACCCCACUGAGUUGGCCUUUGUCCUGGAUGCAUCAGAUGGUGUAACACGUACAAUGUUCAACAACACACGGGACACUGUUCGGGGUCUGGUUAAUGACAUUACUAUUUCUGAGAGCAACUGUCCGCGAGGGGCGCGUGUUGCUCUUGCGCUCUACAACGAUAAAGUGACAACUGAGAUCCGCUUUGCUGAUGCCCUGAAGAAGCGAGCGCUUGUUGAGCGAAUUGAAGGGCUUCAGUCUCUGCAGAACCGUAGAGAGCGAAAACUGGAGACGGCCAUGAACUUUGUUGCACAGAACACAUUCAAGAGAGUCCGUAGCGGCUUCCUUGUUCGCAAAGUUGCAGUUUUCUUCGUUAGUGGCGCGAUCACUAUCACAAAGGAAUUUAGUGACGCUGCUCUCCGACUCUACGAUGCUGGAAUUUCUUCUGUUUUCCUUCUCAACCGUGACAAUAUUCAGCUUACCAGAGCCUUGAAUCUUAACAACACUGCGGUGGCUCAGGUUAUAGUCCUGCCCCCACCUGGAAGUGCUGAAUACAACAGAGUUAUUAAGAAGAUCAUGACCUGUCAUAUCUGCCUGGACUUCUGUGCCCCGGAUGCGAGUUGUGGCAAUGUCCCUUCACGUGGGACCAGAGACCGGAGGGAUUCCACCACUGACUUGGACAUCGACAUGACCUUCAUUGUGGAUAGUUCUGAAACGACCUGGCCUUCUGUCUUUACAGAUAUUAAGCAAUACGUGGCUCAUAUGGUAGAGCAGUUGGAGCUGUCCCCUGAUCCAGCCACCACUACCCAUCACGCUCGAGUGGCACUUGUCCAGCAUACUCCUUACGAAUACUUGAACAAUGGCAGUGGCAUUCCCAUCAGCGUGGCCUUUGGCCUGACAGACCUUAAGUCUGCAAACAGCAUCCGAACCUUCCUGAUGGAUAAAGUGCUUCAGCUGGAGGGAGGACGGGCACUUGCAGCCGCACUUGAAGGCGCUGUGGAACAUGUGCAUGAGAAGUCACCAAAUCCCCGUCACUUGAAGGUAUUAGUUCUGAUGUUGACAGGUCCAGUAGAAGUGGAUGGGCAGAGGAUAUUACAAGCCUCCGUUGAAGUUAAAUGCAAAGGGUACUUCAUUGUGGUAAUGGCAGUUGGAAAGCGGUUUGGUCCGGGCGAUGUCAGUUUACUGGCUCAAGUGGCAAGUGAACCUUCGGAUGUGUUCUUUAAGAGAGUGGAUGGACCAUCAGGCUUCUAUGAUGACCAUAUUCAGACUUUUGCCAAACUGUUGCCCAAGUACCUCGGACUUGAAAAUGCUUCCUACCUGUCCCCUGAAGUAUCCAAAAAGUGCCAGUGGAAUCUGAGUGACCAGCCACACAAAACUCCAUUCAAUUCACCACAAAUACACGACAAACAGCAGAAGCAUCAUAAAGAGCAGGAGGUUCAUGACAGAAAACAUAAAGAAUUGGGUAUGGAGGAACUGCAUCUGGUUAACGUCACCUCAAGUGGAUUCUCCUUACAAUGGUUGAGCGGCGAUUCGAGGGCCACCCAUGAGGUUACAGUGACUCGACUGAAAGAUCACAGUCUGGUUUUGAAAAAGAACGUGACGGGCAGCCUUCUCUCCGUCAGUGAGCUGGAGGCAGCUCAGACCUAUCACGUAAUAGUCAACACUCGCGAUGUCAGCGGUCAUGUCGCCAGCACCUACAAAGGCAUUGUUCCCACAAAAUCAGCCGAGAAGAAGGUCCUUAUUGUCAGUGAAAAGAAGAUUGCGCCUACUGCACCACCUAGUAAACCAGAAAUGAAAUCAGCAGAAAAGGAAGUCCCUAAAGCCAGUGAAUCUACCGCACCCUUGAGUCAACCAGAAAUUAUAGAUUCAGUAGAACAGAAGAUUGUUAAUGUUACUGAAAUGAUGCAAAGUGAGUCCACCGGACCCUUGAGUAAACCAGAAAUUAAAUCGUCAGUCACUCUGAGUGAAGUGAGGGGAAGUGUAUCCACUGCACCCUUACAUAAACCAGAAAUAAAAUCAGCAGAUCAUAAGAGUCCUGCUCAAAGUAAGGCGAUGGGGAGUGUUUCAACCGUGCCUUUAAAUAAGCCAGAAAUUAUUAACAAACUUACGGACCCAUGCUCACUUGACUUUGAAAUUGGACACCUUUGCAAGAAAGACUUUGAAGCUAAGUGGUACUUUGACAGAAAAAAUGGAUUCUGUGCACAGUUCUGGUUUGGAGGUUGUGGAGGAAAUGAAAAUAGGUUUGAGAGCGAGGCAGAUUGUCUCAAACGCUGCAUGAAGACAGGGGCUGAAGAAAAAGUUGGUGGCGGGCCUAUCAGAACUGCCCAAGCUCCAGCUGCCCUGCACUUAAAUGUGGAUAUCUGCAAGCUACCAAAAGAAGAAGGCACCUGUGCUAAAUUUGUGCUGAAGUGGCAUUUUGACCCACUAAGUGGAUCUUGUACCCGCUUCUGGUAUGGAGGCUGUGGAGGAAACCAGAAUCGAUUUGAUACACAAGUUGAUUGUGAAAAGGCCUGUGGAAAACCAGCACCUGUUAAACAUGGAGCCAUUGCUGCGGUUAAAACAUAGAAACUAAUAAAGACUGUUAGUUAACUGCUGACGAUGCUCAGAGGAUAUAGCACCUAGAACCAGAAGCUUCACCAAAGCCAAGAUGCCUGCACUGGAUUCUGCCAAAGGAUUUGAUCGAAAGAAAACCUUGAAGUAGUAUUUUCACAAAAAAGUCAAACUCGUUUAUAUGUUUUGAGCUGGUGCUACAGUCUUUUUUGUUUUAUUUUUCAUGUGUUCAGGGCAAAAUGCUUUUUUUUUAAAAAAAGUGUUAUUCUGUUUUACUCAUGUGGUUUUAGUUUCAUAGACAAAAUGUUGUAGGAAUAUCUUGAUCAAAACAUAUAAAAAUAAUAUUUGUAGUUAUGAGAGAUGUUGAUAAGAGUUUUGUUAAAUUUUUGUAAAAUGUGCUCUUAAAAUACUUCAAGCCCUUUUUGAGCUUUCACUGCUAAGAAGAAAUAAUCUUAAUUGCUCUCCAUGGUCAUAACGCUGGAGACAUCCACCGACAAAGAUGAAGAUAAAUCAAUUUUAUCUUUUUAAAAAGAAAAAAAAAUCCCAUGUUGAUGUUUGCACAUCUAAAUUAGGCAAAAUUACGAUCAUCUGUUUAUGCAAUGAAUGAUUUUUUUUAAAAACAGAUGCACUUGAAACCAUUGCCUUAUAAGUUUUAGUUUAAAGAAAUUGGAAUGUACUUGCCUAGCUGUAUUUUGAAGGGUGUUUGGGUGGGGGGGCGUGUUUUUUAACAUUCUAGGCCAUUUGGAAAUGGGAAGAUAUAAAUAAAUUAGUCUUUAUAUAAAACCCUGA